UACAAAUGGCGAGGUAGUGAAAAGAAAGUAAAAGAUUAAAGAGGUUAAGAUUUAAUCUGUAAUGCUUCAAAAUAAACUUAAAUAAUUACUGAUUACAUUGAUCCGUAUUGAAAAAAUUGAUAAUUAAUGGUGUAUUUAAUUAACUUACGUUCAAAUAUUAUUAAAAAUGUCUUUGGCGGCAACCGUUGGAUAUUUGGUGAAUGCUUCAGAAAGUAGUAGUUCAUCCAGUUCAGAUGAAGAAUGGUCUACAAUUUUACAAAAAUAUGAUCAUGAAAAAAGAAAACUUCGACCCCGUAUUAUUGAUUACGAAAACGUUGCUUAUCGUUACUCAGAUGAUGAAUUCAAAAGUCAUUUCAGACUUUCAAGAAAUACAUUUAAUUAUUUACAUGAAUUAAUACAAGAAGAUUUAGUUCGGCAUGUUCCUGGAUGUCCUACGAUUCCUUCCCAUCAUCAAUUGAUGAUAGCCCUUUGGAAAAUGGCUACAACAGAUUCUUACAGGUCCGUCUGUGACAGAUUUAACGUAGGACGAGCUACUGCCGUAAGGGCUGUACGUCAAGUUUGUCAUGCUUUAUUUAAAAGAGCCUCAAGAUUUAUACAAUGGCCUACGGGGGAUCAUGCUAUUGAAGUAAUGCGCGGAUUUGAGAGAGCAAGUGGUUUUCCUAAAACAAUAGGAGCCAUCGAUGGAACUCACAUUCGUAUAAAUGCGCCAAAACAGAAUCCAGUAGAUUAUAUCAAUCGGAAAGGAUUCCAUUCUAUUCAGCUACAAUUGGUAUGUGACCACAAAGCUCUAAUAACCCAUUGUUAUGCUGGAAAUCCAGGGUCUGUUCAUGAUCAACGAGUUUUUCGUUUGUCAGAAGUUGCAGAUUACUUGAACGAUGAUGAUGCAUUCCCUGAAGACAGUCAUAUUUUGGGCGAUUCUGCAUAUGAAAUACAUCAGCACUUACUCAUUCCUUAUCGAGAUAAUGAACAUUUAAGUGAGAAACAGAAAAAAUACAAUUAUCGUCAAUCAGCUGCUCGGGUUACUGUUGAAAGAUGCAUCGGAUUAUUGAAAGGACGAAUGAGGAGCUUAUUACAUUGUCUCCCAAUGACUAGAGUARAUUUAAUGGCAGAGUAUAUCGUUGCGUGUUGCGUAAUUCAUAAUAUUUGUACUUUACGAGAAGAUGAAAUAAGUGUUAUCACUAUACCCGACCCUAAUAACGAAAAUACUGGUAACAAUUUACGCGAAAUUAGACGUAAUGCAGGAAUUUUGAAAAGAGAUGUUAUUAUGAAUUCUUUGAAAUAA